GUUAGUUUCCUCUAUCUUGUAUGGGUGUUAUUUUUACCUUUUUUUCCAAACCUGUCCAGUUGGUGGUGGUAAUACACCUUUUUGGGUUGUAGUCUGCCAUAAAACCCACAGAAGAAGAAGUAGGAGAAAGAAGCUAAAUGCUUACGGAGGAGUAUGGAAGGAAAUAAGGAAGAAAGUAAGGAAGAAAGUGGAGAAUAUUAGGAAUAAACAUGGAGUGGGGGAUUACACAGGCCUUCUGGAAAAUCUGGUGAAGGAGAAGAUGAUGAACAAGAAAAAAAGGAGCGAUAUAGAAUAUGUUUUGAGUGAAUAUGGAAUGGAGGAUCGCCCAGAACUUUUGGAAGAGCUUAAGGAGGAAAUGGAACAUGAUGAGAGUGAGGAUUAAUUAAAUGUGGUAGCAGGUGCAGUUAUGAUUGCUGAGAAGAAGUUGAGUGUAGAGGGAAAUAGUGAGGUGAGGAAGGUGGGCGUCAAGUGCAAAAACAGGAAUACGUGCUCCAGUAGAUCAGAGAUGGAACUUGUUGAGAGUGAAGUACCUGCGUAAAACAAGGAUGUCUGGAGAUCUGGACAUUAACAUCAAGGAGCCACGAUGGGACCAGAGCACAUUCAUGGGCCGCGCCCAGCACUUCUUCUUCGUCACUGACCCCAGGAACAUUCUGAAGUCCUCUGAGACCCUGGAGGAUGCACGGGUUACUGUGGAGAAAUACAGGUUAGGAGUGGUGAAGCCAGGUCUGACAGAAGAUGAGCUGUGGAGAGCCAAGUACAUCUAUGACUCUGCCUUCCACCCUGACACCGGCGAAAAGAUGGUGGUGGGACGCAUGUCUGCCCAGGUCCCCAUGAACAUGACCAUCACCGGAUGCAUGCUCACAUUCUACAGGACGACUCCAGCCGUUGUGUUCUGGCAGUGGGUGAACCAGUCCUUUAACGCUGUGGUCAACUACAGCAACCGCAGUGGAGACUCUGCCCUCACCACCAAUCAGCUGGCUGCAGCGUACAUCAGUGCCACCACAGGAGCUGUAGUCACAGCCCUGGGACUCAAGUCUCUAGCCAAGCGCCUUCCAGCCGUCAUGAGCCGGUUCGUCCCUUUCUUUGCUGUAGCGGCUGCCAACUGUAUCAACAUCCCCUUCAUGAGGCAGAGGGAGCUGAAGUACGGCAUUCCAGUGACAGACGAGGAAGGGAACCGGUUAGGAGAGUCAGUCACCGCUGCCAAGUCAGGCAUCAUCCAGGUGGUGGUGUCCAGGAUUGGCAUGGCUGUGCCAGAUAUGGCUAUCCCACCUGUGAUAAUGAACGCCCUGGAGAAGAAAGCCUUUAUGAAGCGGUUCCCAGUCCUAAACGCCCCAGUACAGGUGGGACUGGUGGGUCUGUGUCUGGUGUUUGCAACUCCUCUGUGCUGUGCCCUCUUCCCACAGAAGAGUUCUAUGGCAGUGAGCAGCCUGGAGACAGAUCUUCAGGAGAGUAUACUACAUAGCAGUCCCCACACUACUACUGUCUUCUUCAACAAAGGCCUUUAGGACCACACAAUAACACCCACCAUGCAUAAUCCCCAUCUGCUGGUUGGACCUUGCUACUACAGCUCAGUGAGAACAACUGUAAGGCCAAAGAUAAUAUUAUAUUUAUGCAUAUUUUUUAUUUACCUGUUUGUUUGAUGUUCUAGGCUUUUUUGUUGUUUUAUUUGGGAGAGGUGAUAGUGAGGGGUGCGUCUCAGUCCUACAAAGUUGCUUCCUUGUCUGAAAUGAUUGGUGAAAGCCUACCAGUCAAAUUUUUCUGAUUGUACACUGAAAUAUAAAAGCAACAUGCAAAAUUUCAACCAUUUGACUGAGUUAAAGUUCAUAUAAGGAAAUCAGUCAAUUGAAAUAAAUAAAUUAGGCCCUAAUCUAUGGAUUUCACAUGACUGGGAGCAAGGCCCACCCACUGGUGAGCCAGGCCCAGCCAAUUAGAAUUUGUUUUCCCCCACAUCCUCAGAUGUCCGGGUGGCUGGUCUCAGAGGAUCCCACAGGUGAAGAUGCCUGAUGUGGAGCUCCUGUGCUGGCGUGGUUACACGUGGUCUGCGGUUGUGAGGCUGGUUGGACGUACUGUCAAAUUCUCUAUAACUAUGUUGGUGGUGGCUUAUGGUAGAGAAAUUACCUUUUCAAUUCUCUGUCAACAGCUCUGGUGGACAUUCCUGCAGAUAUUUUAUUUCAGCUCAUGGGACCAACACUUUACAUAUUGUGUUUUAUAUUUUUGUUCAGUAUAGAUGCAGGAAAGGAGACAAGGGGAGAAAGCCUCUUCGAAGUAAUGAAACGCAUGCGAGCGUAGUGUGACAUAUAUAGUGUGACACAUCUUAUAAUCCUACAUUGACAAACAGACUAUGGUUUGAUUUUAUUUCUAUUUUGUGCGUUUAUCCUCCCUGGGGUUGUUUAAUUACUGAAUGUUACUGAAUGACAAAUUCUAUCAACUCACCCCAAACUAGAUCACCCCUCGUUUUCAAUCCCAGAGAGAUUUUUUUCUCCCCAAGGUGUAUUUGUUUUUUCCAAUGUGUUUGAGAUCGUACCCUUUUAAGCCGUGUACACUGAAACCAUUCAUGACUUGGAAUUAGAAAAUUGUUUAAUUGAAUCUGUUAGAUAUCCACUCCCUCAAAUUGGCUCUACUGUAGUCUGUAGUAAAAUACAACAGUUGGUUUAUGAUAACAAUAAAGACUGGCUUGCUAUUAAAUUCCUUUUUGUGUCUGCCAGGGUUUUGUUUAUCAUUGUAAAACCUAUUGCUUCAGUGUGCCCUAAUGAACAUUACCCAGUUGACGAGCAAAGCUUCCCUCUCUCACCACUGCCCUUGGAAAUGUACUUACACACACUGUCCCAACAGAUAACCUUAUCAACCCCUCUCACCCUAGUAACCCUGUCUGUUUUGUUACGAAGAAAACCUUUAGAGAUGCUAUGACACUGCGUGGGCACUCCUUACUGAGGUUUCAAUAAGCACAUUCCUAGUUGCACUGAUGACAAUGAUAUGCCAGCAGAAAGGUUUAUCUAGGAUAGAAUCUAGGCAUAAUGUUUCCGCCCCAUAUCACGGUCUUUCGGCAGGUAGCCUAGUGGCUAAGAGCAUUGGGCCAGUAACCGAAAGGUCGCUGGUUCAAAUCCCCGGACUGACUAGGUGAAAAAUCUGCCGAUGUGUCCUUGAGCAAGUUUCUUAACCCUAAUU